AUGCAAACCGGGCCGCCGUUCGAUAUAAACGAAGACUCAGGCCCUAUGUCCAACAGCGUUUGUUGGGGUUUCACAGUCAUCGGUGCCAUCUUCGUUGGAGUCAGACUAUACGUGCGAGGGGCCCUCCACAAGAAACUCUGGGUUGAUGACUAUUGGAUCAUUCUGUCAUUGAUUUGCACUGUACUAACCUCCAUUCUCACGAGUUUGGCCGUGAGCUACGGAGGCGGCAAGCACAUGCAAGCCUUCGAUCCCCAGCGGCCCGAGCGAAUAAGAGGUGCAAUUCUAUGGCUAACGACAGCCAACGUACCAUCCAUCAUGUCCAUAGCGUUGCCCAAGAUGGCCGUCAUAUCCUUACUCAUACGGCUUCUGGUGCCUGGCCCACGCCACCGAAUGUUCCUCUUGGUCAUGGGCACAAUCUGCAUGUUGUCGCUAUCGGCAUGUGCCAUGCAACUCAUGCUUCAAUGCAGCCCUCCUAGCUUUCUGUGGAACAGGCAGGGCCCGGAAGACCAGAGCGGCACUUGCUUGUCUCUUAAAACUACGGAGUACCUUUCGUAUUGGUGUGGGGCAUAUUCGGCCUUCCUGGACUUCUACUUAGCCCUGUACCCGUCCUACAAACUCUUCAACCUGCAGAUGCCCCUUCAGAAGAAAAUUGCCCUGAGCGUUGCUUUGGGUUUCGGUGUUGUGUACGUUUUUCAAUCGAAGUUUAUGUGUCCCUCAUGGUAUAUUAGCUGA